UUUCCCAGGCAGCUGCCGAAGAUGGCGGAGCGGCAGGUUUUGGUGCUGGAUGGCCGAGGCCAUCUUCUGGGCCGCCUGGCGGCCAUCGUGGCCAAGCAGGUGCUGCUGGGCUGCAAGGUGGCGGUUGUACACUGUGAGGGCAUCAACAUUUCUGGGAAUUUCUACUGAAACAAGUUGAAGUAUUUGGCCUUUCUCCGAAAGCGGAUGGACACCAACCCCUCUCGUGGCCCCUACCACUUCUGAGCCCCAAGCCGCAUUUUCUGGCGCACUGUGCGAGGCAUGCUGCCUCACAAGACCAAGAGAGGCCAGGCUGCCCUGGAGCACCUCAAGGUGUUGGAUGGGAUCCCUCCACCCUAUGACAAGAAAGAGCGGAUGGUGGUCCCUGCUGCCCUCAAGGUUGUGUGGCUAAAGCCUCCCAGAAAGUUUGCAUACCUGGGUCGACUAGCUCAUGAGGUCGGGUGGAAGUACCAGGCAGUGACAGCCACUCUGGAAGAGAAACGGAAAGAAAAGGCCAAGAUCCACUAUCGGAAGAAGCAGCUCUUGAGGCUAAGGAAACAGGCAGAGAAGAAUAUGGAGAGCAAAAUCAGCAAGUUCACAGAUGUCCUCAAGGCCAACGGACUCCGGCUGUGAGCCUAAUAAAGACUG